UCUACAACUAAAACAAACAUCCAGCGAAGAAGGGGGGGGAAGCACAUUCAUUCCUCGUGAGUUCAUUUACUCUGUCCAGUCAACAAGAUUGGUGGUGGUGGAAUUGAACUGAGAAAUGACUUCGGACGGAGCAACGUCGGCGGGAACAAAUCGGAGGAAGCCAUCGUGGAGGGAGAGAGAGAACAACAGGAGGAGAGAGAGGCGUAGGAGAGCCAUAGCAGCCAAGAUAUACUCUGGCCUUAGAGCUCAGGGUAACUACAAUUUGCCAAAACACUGUGACAAUAACGAGGUUUUGAAGGCUCUCUGUGCCGAAGCUGGUUGGACCGUCGAAGAAGACGGCACCACCUAUCGCAAGGGAUGCAGGGGAGCACCCCAAGUUGAUGCUGCAGGCACCUCCACCAGGAACACCCCUUUCUCUUCACAAAAUCCAAGUCCUCUUUCAUCAUCUUUUCCCAGCCCAAUUCCUUCCUACCAAGUUAGCCCUUCCUCCUCCUCUUUCCCAAGUCCUUCUCGUUUGGAUGCCAACAACAAUGCUUCAAAUCUCAUUCCAUACAUUCGAAAUGUCUUCCCUGCUUCUCUCCGUCCACUGAGAAUAUCAAACAGCGCUCCUGUAACCCCACCUCUCUCAUCGCCAACAUCGAGGAAUCCUAAACCAAUUCCCACAUGGGACUCAAUUGCCAAAGCAUCAUCCAUGGCUUCCUUCAAUCACCCUUUCUUUGCAGCUUCUGCCCCUGCUAGCCCAACACACCGUCACCUUUAUACCCCACCCACUAUACCUGAAUGUGAUGAGUCUGACACUUCCACCGUUGAGUCUGGCCAGUGGUUGAACUUCCAAGCAUUUGCACCUUCUGCAUCUGCCAUGCCAAUCUCUCCAACUUUGAAUUUUAUGAAACCUGUGAGUCAGCAGCACAACUUGCCUGAUAACAGAAUCCAACCCAUGAGAAAUUCAGAGGCACACUUUGGGGAACCGGUGAAGGCUUGGGUUGGGGAAAGGAUUCAUGAAGUGGGAUUGGAUGAUUUGGAGCUCACACUUGGAAGUGGGAAGACGCCUAAUUAGGCAGCUAACAAAAUUGCUUCAUGCGGGCUAUGUGAGACUGAGACCCAAAGAUUGUUUUUCCUUCUAGGAUGUUCAUUCAACUUGGGGUUAAAGCUCGAUUUAACAAUUACAUCAUUCGGCUGUGUUGGCACAAGCAUUUUAUGAUCAAAAUUAUAUCCAAAACUUGAUCAUCAGUUUAUUCACUCUUUUUAACAUAUCAUUUUCCUUUCAAUUAUAAAGGAUUUUAAAUAUCGAAACAAAUAGAACAAGAGUU